UACCUUGCGCUUUAAGUCAAAUAAUUUAUGAACAAUAUGGGGCAUUUUUUGGGGUAUUUUGUCGCUUGAGCACAAGUUUUAGGCUGAAAAUGUCUGAUCAAGUUAAUCGUUCAGAAAGAUUUGUAGAUACAAGCAAUAAUGAUUUAUGCAAAAGCUCUAAUCUCAAUGAUUUAGUCUGUUUUUAUCAAGGAGAUUUAGUUCAUAAACGCAUGGAUGCUGUUAGGAAAUCGAUUUUUUACAUUCGCGAAAACUGGAAUUUGUUUGAACAGUUUAUGAAUAGCAUGAGAAAUUUUUUUACCCAGGAUGCUCACAUUGAAAAUAUAAAAUCUCAUCCCUUAUCUAAAAUAUUUGAACGUAAACGUAAUUGGUGUAAUGUUGAAGAAAACACUGCUGAUUUACCUCUUAAAGAAGAAUUCAGUGUUAUACACACAUAUACAACUGUUGAAGGAUUUAGAGAAAUCUUCAAAAUAGCUGAUAACAUAUUCCGAGAUGAUUCAUCAGUAAACUUUGAAGAAAAGAUUAGAAGUGUGGUGUUUUUAAUUGAGUUAAUAAACAUUGAUCUUUUUAAUUAUGUACAUAAGUUUCCUAAGUAUCAAUCAUUUGAAGGUACAGUUUAUCGUGGGAUGGCAAUUCCGCCAGAUAGUUUCAAGGUUUUUGAAGAUCUCAUGCUUCAGCCAAUUGAAAAAAGGUAUAUAUCGAUUCCUUUAGGUUUAUGGUCAUCCAGUAUUGAUUCAAAUGUUGCUGUUAAUUUUGUACGUGAUGAAUUAAAAAAGGACCAUCAGAGAGUACCGUUUUUGAUGAAAAUUCGUGUAUUAAAUAUUGAAGAUAAACUAUUAGAAUUUUAUCGAAAAAAAUACAGUCAAAGCGUUGUAAGUACUAUAUGUGCAGUUUAUGUUGCUAAUUUAUCAGCAUUUCCAAAUGAAGAGGAAGUUUUAUUACGAGGAGGGUUUUACCAAGCUCUAAAUUUUUAUUCCCAAGUGAUAGAUGAUGUUAAUUUUAAGGUUUUAGAUUUAGUUAUGUUAAAUACUAAUCGAGAUCAUCUUUAUAAUCCUACCCGCUUAGGUAGUUUAGAUGACGAGGCAAGAAUUUUGUUCGGAAAUAUGGUUGGAUUUACUCGCAAUAAAUAUAUAGUAGAAUAUUGCAAAGAACGCAAUCUACAAGAAGAUAUGCUUCUGUAUGAAAAAGCUUUUAGUAACAAUGAAAAAAAACUGAGGGAGUUUAUGGGAUUAGAUUCUGAUGAAAAAGUUAUUUAAGCGAAACAAUGCACUUUAUACUCAAGCCUUAUAUUUUUUAUGCUUAUUCUUUUUACAUUAUUUUUGUCAUUUAUAUAGUAAUAUUAUUUUUAUAUAAUAUAUGUUUUUAUGUA